UUAUUACGGAAACAUCAUUCGCCAACGAACUUUUAUCAAAGUAAGAUGGAAUCGAGUAGUUUCUUCAACUGUCCUGUUAGAGUAAAAGACGAACCUCGUGAUGAGCUUCUCAAUGAUAAUGAUUAUAAAAUAAUUGACACGACACCCGUCACUCAAAAUAUUAAAUACGAAAGGUUUUGGCAAGAAAAUUCAACCCAAGAGCUUCAAAAACAUGACGAAAAUCAUGAAAAUGAACUUGACGACCUGGAAAUCGAAAUGGAAUGUACAGACAUGAAGCCCAAUUUAUUGGUGGUUGCGAAAAUUGAAGAUCAUUCUCCAAAUCAAUGGCCGAAUAGUGAUGAGUAUGAAACUGGAAGCAAAAUUAAAUUAGAAACUGUCGGGACAGUGAAGAAAGAAAUUUUAAGCGAAGAAACUGAUUUGAAUUUCGGACGUGCACUCAGCGAGCAAAAUAAACAAGAAACUGUUUCAAAAGAGCUGAACAAUGAAAAUAGGCUCAAAACUCACAAUGAUACUACGCAUAAUAAAAUCACACAUGAUUGUGAUAUUUGCGGAAAAUCAUUCAGACAAAAAGGUCAUCUAAACGUCCACAUCCAGUCGGUGCAUCGUAAAAUAAGGCAUGCAUGCAACAUAUGCCAAAAUACGUUCUCAGAGAAGAAAAGUCUCAGCAAUCACAUCGAUUCGGUGCAUAAUGAAGUUAGGCAUGCAUGUGAUAUUUGCGAAAAGACAUUCACACAGAAGAGUCAUCUCAAAAUCCACAUCGAGUCGGUGCAUCGUAAAAUAAGGCACGCUUGCGAUGUAUGCCAAAAGACAUUCUCAGAUAAGAGUUAUCUCAAAACUCACAUCAAUUCGGUGCAUAAUGGUGUUUCACAUGCGUGUAAUUUAUGCCCGAAGACAUGCUCAGACAAGAGUAGUCUCAAGAAACACAUCGAUUCAAUACAUCAUAAAAUUACUCAUCCAUGUGAUAAAUGCCAAAAGACAUUCUCAGACAAGAGUAAUCUUCAAAAACACAUCGAAUCGAUACAUCAUAAAAUUACGCAUCCAUGUGAUGAAUGCCAAAAGACAUACUCAGACAAGAGAAAUCUCAAAAAACACAUCGCUUCGGUGCAUAAUGGUGUCCCAUAUGCGUGUGACAUUUGUGGGAAGACAUUCUUACAAAAAAGUAAUCUCAAAACUCACAUCGAAUCGAUACAUCAUAAAAUUACGCAUCCAUGUGAUAUGUGUACAAAGAAAUUUACUGCGAAAAGUAGUCUUAAAGUCCAUAUCGAUGCGGAGCACAAUGGAAUCACCUAUUCAUGUGAUUUAUGUGAAAAAAAAUAUAAAUACCAAACUCAACUCAAUAGACAUGUCAAAUCGUCGCAUAAUGGUAUAACUUAUGCAUGCAAGACAUGCGGAAAGACAUUCGGCCAGAAAAGAAAUCUUAAAGCCCACAUCGAUAUGGCUCAUAAUUCACGCAUAACGACCUAAUAAAUUCAUGAAAUAUAUGUUCAAUGGUGACUCACUGAUGUACUGUCUAAUGUAUUGGAAAAUAAGACUAACUUAAUGAUUUUUAUCAAUUAUAAUAUUCUUCCUACUUUUGUCGUUAUGUUAUCUAAA